CCAGCCGUGCCCCCUGCCCUCGCCAUGCCCAGAGCCUUCUUGGUGAAGCGCCGGAGCCCGCAGCCGGCGGUGCGCAGCUGGGAUGGGCUGCCCGACGAGGAGAGAGCCGACACCUACAUCCCAGGGGGAAUCGGCUGCGUGCUGCUGGGCUAUGAAGACAGCUGCAGCCUGGAGAGCAGCGGGAGCAGCGGGACCCGGGAUGCCGAGCCCAGCGACCCCCCGACGCCCCAGCCUGCCCGCGGCGACCUGGGCAUGGCCGGAGGGAUGCUACUGGACCUGGCCGUCAAGCGCCCCGUGGUCAGGUCGAAAAUCAAGUUUACCACUGGCACCUGUAAUGAUGCUGCAUUGCAUAGCUGCGAGCUGUGUGGCAAAGGCUUUCGCUUGCAGCGAAUGCUCAACCGUCACAUCAAGUGCCACAGCCAAGUGAAGAGACACUUGUGCACCUUCUGUGGAAAAGGCUUCAAUGACACCUUUGAUCUGAAAAGACAUGUCCGGACCCAUACUGGAAUUCGUCCGUACAAGUGUGAGGUUUGCAACAAAGCCUUUACCCAGCGCUGUUCCCUGGAGUCCCAUCUCAAGAAGAUUCAUGGUGUGCAGCAGCAAUAUGCCUACAAACAGAGGCGAGAUAAACUUUACGUGUGCGAAGACUGCGGCUACACAGGCCCCACGCAGGAGGACCUGUACCUGCACGUCAGUAACGUUCACCCUGGAAGUGCUUUCCUGAAAAAAACCUCAAAAAAACUUGCAGCAGUUUUGCAAAACAAACUGAGCCCUGUCCUGCAGAGGAACUCCAAGGAUGAUGACAAAGAUGAGUAAUGAAGUGGAUCACAGUGGUCUAAGGAAUGAAGUUUACAUGUAGGACAAUAUAUAUACAUAUAUAUAUAUAUUAUUUUUUUAAAAACAAUUUUGAAAAACCUGAAAUUAAAGGGAUGCUUUAAUUAAUGGGACUCUCUUCUUGUUGGUAGAACCUCAAGUGGAAAGAAAUAUUCCCAUUUAUGAUGGAAACAUCAGACUUUUUUUAUCUGGCCAAUAAAAAUGGAAAGCUUGGAAGAGGCUGUCACCUCUCACAUGGAGUAUUUACUGAACUGAUAUUUGGGCAAUCUGUCUUCUGUUUCAGCUCUACCACACAUCAGCUGCCACUGACAAAUAAGUUCACCUUUCUCUGUGUAUUUUGUAAAGUUAAUUUCUGUUACCUCCUGUACAAAUUACUUUUGAGAGGUUUGAGUGAAAAGCGCCAGGUAAGAACAGCUUGUUCUAUGCAAAUUUAAUUUAAAUGUCUUAAGAACAGGAGUACAUUGUAUUGGUGAAUAAGUUAAAAUGUGCAAAUAACCUUAACUCUGCCCCCUAUGCAGUAGCUAACAAUUUAUGGAAGUGUGAUGCAAGGUGAGUUGAAACUCUUCUGAAAGGAUGCAGAACUUUUUCCUCCCAAACUUCCUCUACUAGCAAAUUACAUUAUUCCAGGCUAGACUUUUGGUUUUGAUUUAGAUAUUUUAAGCCGUGAACUUACCCUUAUGUUUAGAUGCAAGUAGAACCUUAACUCUCAUGUUCCUGGACUUGUCAUGCUUUGAGGAUUAUUACCACAUCCUUUUAACAUACAUCAGUAUCAGCCCAGAAACCCAAAGAAAACUUGAAGAUAAGUAUUUUCUGUCAUGACGA